CCAACCAUUGGUAAAGCUCCAUGUGGCAUCCUCUUUAUCACAAUCGCAAAGCAGAGAAGAGAAAAGAAUCGCCGACCAAAAAAAAAAAGAAAUUCUUCCAAAAAAUCCACAACAAACCGAGCAGGCAACAAAGCUCUUCAAUUCCCAUCAGUUUCCGUACGCAUUACCGAAAAUGUCCGUCGCCGCCAUAGCUGCUUCCUCGCGACAGGGCUUCUUUCUCUUCAACUCCCUCAGUUUCAGACACAAACACUACUCUCCCAAGAGAUUCACGCCCCCCAACUCAAUCUCUUGUAAUUACACAAACCACGAAGACGACGACACCUCUUCCAGAAAUGAGAAGCAGCUGGCGAAACUGGCAAUCGCGACGCUAGCGGUGGGAGUAUUGGCGUUUGGAUCAGUCGGCGACGCGUCUGCGGCCAAGACCGGCGGCAGAAUCGGCGGUCAGGCGUUUCGCCCUUCAUCUCCUCGCCCGUCCCCUCGAAUCAGCAACAGAUCGAGGACCAACAUAUACGUGAAUCCGCCGGUUGCGCCGCCCUUGGUCGGCGGUUACGGUUAUGGCGUCUACGGCGGCUGGGGCUGGUCGCCGUUUUCCUUUUUCGCCCCUGGCCCGACCGUAGCCGUCGGCAUAGGCGGCGGAUUCGACCUCCUCGUCCUCUUCAUGUUCUUCGGAGCAGCCGCAGCAGUCGCCAGAAGGUUUCUCCGAUCACGAGAUGAACCAGACGAUGAUGACUUCUAGUAAAGUUUAAAUGUCAUUUUGUUUGGAGUAAAAAGACAAACUUUGUAAUAUCGUUCAUAGUGCAAUAUAUUAUGAUCUGUGAAAUCUUGUUUGUGCGAAAGAAAAGCAGGUAAAUCAACAAGAAUGAUACCGAAUUAUAGGAAA